AUGAACCCGCAACAAUUUUCACUGAAGUGGAAUGGAUACAAUUCCUACGUAGUGGGAGCAUUUGGCUCCUUUCGCUAUGAGGAAGACUUUGUUGAUGUGACGCUGUGCUGCGAGGGACGCAAGAUUCGCGCUCAUAAAAUAUUGCUCUCCGCCUGCAGUCCGUACUUUAAGGAGGUGUUUAAGGAAAAUCCUUGCCAGCAUCCGGUCAUUAUCUUCAAAAAUGUGCGCUACACGGACCUGAUGUCGUUGAUCGAAUUUAUGUACAAUGGUGAGGUGAAUGUGCUGCAGGAGCAGCUACCGUCGUUUCUCCAUACGGCCGAGGUACUGGCGAUACGGGGGCUCACGGACAGUGCGACAGAUACGCGCCAGCCAACAAGCACUGCUACGUCCGCAAUAGCGCACCAGUUGAUACAGAACCAUGUGCUGGACAAGCCGGCAACGAUCACCACAGCCGACUCGCUGUAUCUCACCUUGCCAUCCUCGAUGCCCACUUUGGUGCACCAACCGAAGCUUGUGCAAGCGCAGAUUUCGUCUACUCCGAUCUUGACAAAAACGUUGAUCAAAUCACCACCGCCCGAAAUGCCUCCGCUGACCAAAACCACCUCGGUUGCUAUGCCAAUUGUGCAGCAGCAACCUACGAUCGUUAAAAUGCAGGUGCAAGCAUCGCCGCAACAACAACAGGCCCCACAAGUUGCCGUGCAGCAAGUGCAGCUAACGCAACCAUCACAACAGGUGCAGCCACAAACUACCCAAGCCACUACCCUGCAGGAGGUUGUAGACAGUGUUGUUCAGCCGUUGAAAAAGAAAAAGGUUAAGCUGCAACAUAUCAGUACGCCGCAGCCAGGCACUUCGGUUCCUGCUGGUUCUACGGAAACAGUUACUGUCUCGGGAGAAUCGGGCGAAGGUGAAAUUUACGAGACGGAUGGGUAUACCAUCACCGCAACCGAAACACAAGCCGGGGAACAGGAACAGGAUCAGUAUGCAGGAAAUGGACAGCAAACGGUCGAUGGCGCCAGUACGUUGAAGGUGGAAAUACCGGAGUUUAUCGGCGUCGACGAAUCGGUUAAUACGGAAACGUACGAACUUGUUGCGGAAAACAUUGAAGACCGGGAUGUCGAAGAAACUGAGAUCGAAGGGUCCGAAAUAGAUGUGAAUCGCAUUUUCCAACCCUCAACCGAACGGGAGGUGAAACCGAAUAUUGUGAAGGUGACCUUGGAAAAAAUCGAGCUGAUGGGCGAUGAAAAGGUGCACAAGUGUCCCGAAUGCCGACGUACAUUCUGCUCGAUUAAUGCGAUGAAGCGACACCGGCAGGCGAAGCAUUUGGAAUUGCCAACUUCCUAUGCAUGCGCCAAGUGUGACGCACGGUUCAAAACGAAAUGGUCGCUAUCCACGCACAAGUCCAAAUACCACCGAGGGCAAAACGUGUCCGGCACCAGCGGUGGGGACGCGCGUACUGACAACACUCCUGGCGAGAUCAAGAACACAUCACCUACUACACAAAAACGGCACACGACGUCCGGUACGAUGUUGACGCGCGUCAAGGCGCGCCGUUUGUCGUCGGAGGACUCGUAA